GGGAGCAAAGGCAAAGGCAAAGGCAAAGGCAAAUCAAAAGAGCAAUAGAUGGGAGAAUUGUUUGCAAUUUCGCAAUCUUCUAUUCUGCUACCACAAGCUCCUAGUCGAGGGCGGCAUUACUCUGUUGGAUUUCAUCGGGCAUCUUCCACGGCUUCAUCUGUACGUUUCUUGAGGACCAGGUCGGAGCCUGCGGUGUUUUUUCCGACGAUUUCGGCCCAAGCACUGCAGCAGAAGCGCUUUUCCUGGGGAAUUAGAUCUGCUGACUCUGAAGUGCCGCCCACACUUACCGUCGAGUCGGCAAGUGACGGGAACGAGAUCCAACCAGAUUCUAGUGGCGGUGGAGACGAGUUUGGAGGUGUAAGUGGCGGCGGCGGCAGAGGACGAGGCAACAACUGGGGCAAUAAUAAUAACGAGGGCGAAGGAGGAUCUGACGAAAGUGAGGACACCAGCAAGAAGAAGAUGGCCAUGUCAAUGUCCCAGAAGUUAACACUGGGCUACGCUGCCCUGGUCGGUGUGGGUGGAGUUAUGGGCUACGUGAAGAGUGGCAGCCAGAAGUCACUUAUGGCAGGCGGACUAUCUGCCUUGCUACUGUAUUUUGUUUACUCUGAGCUUCCCACAAGACCAGUUUUUGCUUCAUCUCUUGGGCUUGGUAAGUAA